UCCAAUGAAACAGAGACAAGGGAGAAAGGAAAUAACAUUCACACGCCUACAGUGUAUUGGUAGUUGUUUACUGUGUGAAACGUCCGACAGGAUCCGCAGCUAUCUUUUAACUCCAGAAUCAGUAACAUUAGCUUGCAAUGCACCUGUCUCAGAUUACCUGUAAACUUAUUUAAAGGUAUUUGUAAGUGUACUGGCAGAAUAAAGCAAGGAUGGCGCAGUGGGAAAGACUUAGGCAGCUGCCUGCUGUGUACAGACAGCAGUUACAUGAGCUCUAUGACAGAGAUGGCCUACCUAUGGAUGUUCGACACUACCUGUCGGCCUGGAUAGAGAAGCAGGAAUGGAAAAGAGCAGCAAGGGACCAUGAAUUAGCUGUGGUGCUUUUCCAGGUCCUGCUGGAGAAUUUGGAUAUCCAACAGAGCCGGUUUGUUCAGGAGGAGUCAUUCUUACUGCAGCACAACAUUAGACGCUAUAAGCAGAACUUCCUGGCUUACCUAGAUGAUCCAACAGUCCUGGCUAACACAAUCCUGUGGUUUCUUGAAAAAGAAAAGGAAAUCCUUGACAUUGCUGACCUGCCUGAUAAGGUUCAGAUUUUGCAAGUAGAGCAGGAACCAAUGGAGACAAGCAGCCAGCAGGAACUUGAACGUAAAAUGGCCGGCCUCAGAAAUGACAUGCAGUGUAUGGAACAUACUAUGUUAUGUUUGGAGGAGCAGCAAGACGAGUUUGAUUUUAAGUAUAAAACCUACAAGAUGGAAGCUGUGGUCGAUGAGGCUGUGAAGAACGAAAGAGUUAAAAUUUUUCAGGUUCUUAUCAACAAAGUGAACGAAUCCAGAAAGAGCACUCUUUGUGAUCUGACUAAACUCCUGGAUAGGAGUGAAGACCUGCUUGUCCUGCUAUUGAACAAGGAGCUGAUGGAAUGGCAGAGGAGGCAGCAGAUAGCCUGUAUUGGUGCUCCAGACAAUAUAUGUCUGGACCAGCUAGAGAAGUGGUUUACCUGUGUUGCAGUGUGUCUGUUCCAGGUGCGUGAGUUUCUCAAUAAGCUGGAUGAGCUGGAAGGAAAACUGUCAUAUGAUGGUGACCCUGUAAAGUCCCAAAAACCAGCACUGCGAAGAAAGACAGACACUCUUCUAAGGGAUUUGGUGAAAAGUUCCUUUGUGGUUGAGACUCAGCCAUCCAUGCCACAGGGAAAGGGACCCCUGGUGCUCCGCACAAAUGUUCAGUUCUCUGUCAAGACCAGACUUCUCGUCAAAUUCCCUGAGCUGAACCACUCAAUGAAAGUGAACGUGUGCAUGGACAGAGAGGCUCCUCAGAUCAAAGGAUAUCGCCGUUUUAAUGUUCUGGGGACGAAAACCAAAGCUUUGAACAUGGCAGAGAGCCAGAGUGGAGGAAUGGUUGCAGACUUCAGACAUCUGACUCUGAAGGAGCAGAAAUCUGGAGGUGGCGGUAAAGGAGUCAGUGAUAUUUCUCUCAGUGUUACAGAGGAGCUGCACAUCAUCUACUUCAACACUGUCUUUGAGUAUAAAGGCUUGUCAGUUGAGAUGCAGGCCUCCUCCCUCCCCGUGGUCAUCAUCUCCAACUCCAGCCAGCAGCAAAGCGCCUGGGCAUCUGUUCUCUGGUUCAACAUGCUCAGUCUGAACACCAAGGAUGUCAUGUUCUUGGCUAACAGUCCUGCAGCCACUUGGAAGCAGUUUGGAGAAAUGUUGAGUUGGCAGUUUCUCUCUGCCACCAAACGUGGCCUGAAUGAUGCUCAGCUGGAGAUGAUUGCACACAGGCUCUUUGGGAAACAGAAGAAAUAUGACCACUGCACAGUUGCUUGGUCAAAAUUUAGCAAGGAAAGUUCUCCCGACACUUUCUGGGUGUGGUUCGAUGGCAUCCUGGUGAUGGUGAAAACCUACCUUGAGAACCUUUGGAGAGAUGGCCUCAUCAUGGGUUUUGUGAGCAAAGGCAAAGAGAAGUCCCUCCUGAAGAAAAAAAAGAGAGGCACGUUCUUGUUGCGCUUCAGUGAAAGCGUCAUUGGAGGAAUUACCUUCUCUUGGGUAGACACCACCAUGACCGGCGAGCCUGACGUAAAAACAGUCCAGCCCUUCACCAAAGUAGACCUUUCCCAGAUCCCCUUCCAGGAAAUCAUCAGGAAUUUCCAGAUCUUUGAAGCUGAAAAUGUUCCAGAAAGUCCUUUGCUUUACCUGUAUCCUGACACACCAAGAAACGAGGCUUUCGGAAAAUACUACUCAGAGAGGAGUGGAGAUGACAGUCCGUACAUAAAGUACAUCAGGACCAAGCUGGUGUUUGUCUCAAAGGAGAACACACUGGAGGCUAGGUCACCCAUGCACUCUGACAUGGCACAGGGUGAAGGCCUGGAGCCAGCGGAACCAACCGAAGACCUCCAUCCACUGAUUUCACAUAUGGACACCUAUCAACCUGAUCCCAUGCUGUCUGGCCUGGGGUCAGUCCAAGAGGAAGAUUUGCUGAUGUAUCUCAACAACCCCAAUAUUUUUGAGGACGCUGACAUCUUACAAGAGGAGCCUGAUUUACCUCUUCACGAAUUGCACUGCCUGUCAUCACAAUCUAUCUUCCAAUGAGUCUUUUCCGUGUAUAUUUACCCAAACCACAAUCAUGUUUUACCAGUUUUACUUUUAGACACUUUCAUUCCAAUAUUGAUUACACAAACUUGUUGCUCUCGUAGAAACAAUACUUACCUUUGAAUACUGUUUAAAUUAGAUGUACUUGGCCGGCCCCUGUGCAAAUCCUAAUACUGAAGAAUACCUUUCCCUAUCAAAAUUUGAGUGCACUUUGAAAUUACUGGAAAAAUACUUUAUUCUUUUAUACAUGUAUACUUAUUUUAAAAAUGAAUCACUGUGACAAUUCCAUGACAGAGAAGAGUCAUUAUAAAAUUAACUUGACUUAUGCACUCAAAAAGUAUUGCAGGCACCUCACCUGACCCCUCUGGUAUCAUCCAUCAUGAGCUCAUCUGUAAAAUUAAUUUUGGGGCUGUUUGUAGAGAAAACAUCAAAUGAACAGCUGGUGUAAAAAAGAUGUGUUAGGAGAUACUCAAGAGAAUGUGAAUCAGGCUGCACUUAUUUUACAAGUAGAUAUUUACUGAUGUUUGUCCCUUUGUGGUUGUUAUGCUGCCAUACAACAACUUGUGAAGAACUACUGAAAGCACUUGUUUCUUCUAAUGUCUAUGUUAACCUGCUCAUUUACAAUAAAAUAUUCUAAAAAAAGUUUCACAGGUGAA